GCUACCGUUGGCUCCGACGGUUCAGGUGAAACUGUGCGCGGGAUUUCGGACAUUUAAAACGUCAGCAGAAAAAAAAUUUAAUGCUCCUGAGAUUUUCAUGGCCGAAAAGUUUUACGAUAUUUCGCAGACCAUUUGUUCCAUAAUGUGAGUGAUUGAUUGAUGGGGUGAUUGAUCUGUUGGUGCGAGCUUUAUUGAUGCUUGCGGAACAAUAUUAUCGGGAUGGUGACGGAGGGACGUUGGAGAAACAAUGAAAAGUUGUUAUAGAGUUGAACUAUGACCCAGAGAGGACCGUGAUGCGACUCCGUGAUUGGAUGGCCCUCGUGGCCUUUUGGACAAUUUCGGUGAAUGGUGAUACAGCGAGAGAUUUACCUCAAGAUAACCCAUCUGUCACUCUUCCCACGAGAUAUUACGAUACAAUACACGAAAAUGCGGUGGUUCACAGUAUCGAGUUGAGCUUAUUAGUUGCUCCAGUGGGUACAACUGCGAAUGCUUUGAAGACAUCAACUUCCCAGAAUGAACCAUCAAGCCUGGAUUAUAUAAUCCAUCAGAUGCCCGGGGCUGUGAGCAUUGAGAGCAAAUUGCUAUCGGAAGUUGGCGAUACUGAUAACCCACGGAAAUUGCAAAACUCAAAAAUUAUUCAUGCUAAGUUGUCGGAAGUAAAUAAUUUGGAUGGGAAAAGUUUUGAGGAACUUCCUCGAGACUCAGAUCAGUCGAACUUUGAUGAAAAUAUGAGGAAUAAGAUCGACACAGGUGACGGUAAAUUCCGUCCGGUAUCACCCGUCAGUGAGACAAAUUUUCAAAACUUUCCCCUGAAUCCGUCAACACCAACAACGAGAUUAUCAAUGUUGCCGAUGAGUCGAAAAUAUGUUCAAUUAUCACGAGCCCUCCCAACCAGAGCUUUCCAUCUCAAGAAAAACGAAAAUAAUGUCGUGGAUUACGCGAGUGAAGUUAUAACUGAGAGAGAGAUAACAGGGCUGAUAAGACAAGAAAGUCCUGUACAGUCUGCUAUCUCCUCCAGAGGGGAGGAUUUUCCAGAAGAGAAGGAAGUCGUAGACCUUCAGAAAAUACCUGAAGAUGUGGAUCCGCCCGGAGGACUAUCACCGGAGCCUAUCGAUACGAGAAAGCCCUCCGGGGGUGGUCUGGACGCCCUAAACGAUGUCAGUGCUCUUGGAACCCACUCUCACCCAAAGACAAUUAUCGAUUCCCCGGCGGACAAAGAUGAUGUUCGUCCUAUUCAAUCAAAGGGCGAUACCUUCGACGGAGUUCCUUCGAAAAGGCCAGCUAACGAACCCAAAUUGGCCCUCUCAUUAUCAGCUGCCACCACUGCGUCAGCUAUUAGAGGCACCACCUUCACCCCCAAAGUUACCCCCGAAGCGCCGAAAGAAUCCCUUAUUCCAGCCACCUCCAGACCGACAAUAAAAAAUGAUCAUGAAUCAGAAUGCGAACACGCGAACACCGACAUUAUUACCCGUACGCUACGUGACACCAUAAAAGAACGCACAUCCAAAUCCAAUAAAUCCAGAUAUCAUGAAAUCUCCGAGACACCGUCACUCGCUGUAACUAAGUCACACGCAUCCCCCGAGUUUCCACCCCCAGACACGAAGAAUAAAUUGAACACGAACACACCACCAACUUUCCCCGACGAGUGGUUGCAAUUCACUGAUGCAGAAGGUACCGUAUCUGAAUCAACUACAGACACUGAUAGUGCGGUUCCAUCUGUGCUUACACCUGAAAUCGAUAAACCCAAGAAUCCUGAAACUUACAUCAUUAAAUCACAUGAAGAUUCAUCCCUUACCACUGUAACAUCAGAACUCCAAGACACUGACUCAUGGGAUUAUGAUCGAUAUCCAGUGAAAACGGGAAAAGUUAACACAGUGGAAGAUUCAUUGAGCGUUGACAGACUGAUAAACGAGACGAAACUUUUGCAUCAGCGAGCUGGUAGGGGUGGCCCCGAUGAGAUAACAGUUGAGUCUUCAGCAUCACAAAUCACCGAACUACCAGAAUCCACCAUUCCACCAUCACCAGAUGUCUCGAACAAUCUUAUCAAAUUUCUGCGAAGUGCAUCAUCUGACAAUCUAACAAGACAAUCAGAUGUUAUUGACUCUGGGCUAAUGGCAUCACCACCAGCACCACCAGCAUCACCAUCGAUCAUCGCUGUGUCAUCACCACCAAAAAUACCUAUAUCUUCAUUCUACGAGAAGACAACAGCACAUGUUUACUAA